CCCACAUAACAAUGAAGAAGUAUCUCCCAUAGGAACUACAGUGUCUGUUAGUGUCUAUCUGCUAGUGACUAGGGUUUUUCUGCUCACGGUGAGCUCAACUGUUCCAUCAGAAAUGUCCUAAAUUUCCAGGCUUUGUUCAUAUAAAUUCAGGGUUCAGAUCAAUUUCAGUUCGGAAACCUUUAGAAUAGCCAAAUGGCGCUGAAAAUUCUGAUUCAGUUCCCAAUUUUCGCGCCACCAAACCAACCCCACCACCGUCCAGCCACCGAAGUCCGCUUUUCACGGUGGAACAACGCCAACGCCGAGAAAUUCAUCCGCCGCGAACGCGCCCAGAAGGAAAUCGAAGAUGACCUCCGCCUCCGAAAACGCUUCAAUUCCGCCAACAAAAUCGCCGAUAUUCACGACCAUGCCACCAGCAGCAGCACCACCACCACCACCUUCAGGUCCACUGGAACACCCUCCACUCCCUCUCGCUCCUCAAUUCCCGGCAAAGCCUCAAAGUACUCCAAAAGCCCUAAAGACCCACGUUCACACCCGGCGUUUCGCCCAAUUCCGAGGUUCACAAAGGUUCCUAACCAGGUCAAGAAGGCCGAAACAUGUAUCAAUGUCGGCGACGAUGGGGUUUCCUAUAUAAUUCCUGAUGCCCCAUUUGCGUUUCAGUAUAGUUAUACCGAGACCCCAAAAGAGAAGCCCGUGAAGCUGCGGGAGCCGCCGAUUGCACCGUUUGGGCCGGGCACGAUGCCACGGCCGUGGACGGGCCGGAAGCCGCUUCCGCCAAGUAAGAAAAAGCUGGAAUUUGAUUCAUUUCAGCUGCCACCACCGCAUAAGAAGGGGGUUAAGCCGGUGCAGGCGCCGGGGCCAUACUUGGCUGGGUCUGGUCCGAAGUACGUCAGGUCAAGGGAGGAGAUAUUGGGGGAGCCACUGACAAAGGAGGAAAUUGAGGAUCUUAUUCAAGGGUGUAUUAAGACGAAGCGGCAAUUGAAUAUGGGAAGAGAUGGUUUGACGCACAACAUGCUGGACAACAUUCAUGCUCAUUGGAAGCGUCGGAGGGUGUGUAAGAUAAAAUGCAAAGGGGUGUGUACCGUCGAUAUGGACAAUGUCCGCCAACAAUUGGAGGAGAAAACAGGAGGGAAGAUUAUAUUUAGUAAAGGAGGGGUAAUAUACCUUUUCCGCGGUAGAAAUUACAACUACAGAACUCGUCCACGCUUUCCUAUCAUGUUGUGGAAACCUGUUACCCCUGUUUAUCCAAGGUUGAUUAAGCACGCCCCGGAAGGUCUUACCCUGCAAGAAGCAAGUGAGAUGCGCAAGAAGGGACGCCAACUAACACCGAUUUGCAAGCUUGGAAAAAAUGGUGUUUACUGUAACCUGGUAAAUAAUGUCAGAGAGGCAUUCGAAGCAUGUGAAUUAGUGCGGAUAAAUUGUCAAGGGAUGAACGGGAGUGACUAUCGGAAAAUAGGUGCUAAACUCAAGGUGCUUGUUCCGUGUGUGCUUAUCUCAUUUGAGCACGAGCACAUACUCAUGUGGAGAGGAAGAGAUUGGAAGUCCUCCCUCCCGAUACCAGAAGAUGAUUACAAGGAUGCUAAGAAAUCUGAAACCGAUGGCGCAACAACUACUGCACCUCCUUUAGAAGGUCAAGCUGUAACGGCAACAUGUGUUCCAAACUUAUCAAUUGAAGAUACAAGUCUUGCGACACUCAGCGCAAGCACCUCUCCUAUGGCCAUGGGUAGUGAAGAUGUGGGCAUAGAGGGAGGUGAGGACAUGAGCAUAGUUGAGAGUGAGAAUCAUUUAUCUGAAGUAAUUGAUAUGCCAUCUCCAGCUUCUCUUGCAGUUUCAACAUUGAGAAAUAACUAUGGAGAUGAAACCCCCGUAACGUUCGCAGGCUGUGCCAAUGAUGGUCCCGAAGAUUCAAUCAGAAGUAAUGGAAGCGAAACAUUAUUGGACAGUAAGGACUGCGAUGAUGAUGAGUCAGCAACUAUGUCAGUGGGAUGUGACACCUCGCUAGGAACUAUUGGUGGCAUUGAGAAUCAGUCUGGACCUUCCUCUGCAGUUCCUCUAACUUUUAACAACCUGCAAGAUGUAUCAGAGACCUUGCAAAAUGCCAGCAAACCAACUAGGUCGAUUUCACCUUGGACAGAGCAAGUUGCAGCACUGUGGAAGCAAGCCGUUGAGAGUGGGAGUGCAGUUGUUUUAACCGAUUCUAGUUUGGAUGCCAAUAUUGUUUAUGAAAAGGCAGUUGCUCUUGCUCAGUCUGCUCCACCUGGUCCUGUAUUUAGACACCGAUCCAGGAAGGUGGCGGUUCAGAAACCUGAGAAACAAAAAACUGGAGAUUUGGAGGUGAAAGAGGAGGCUCUAAUAGUUUCAGAAAAAAGAGAGUGUGAGAGUAAGAGUUCAAAAAGAGAGGGUGAGAGGAAGAGUUCAAGAAAUCAUAGAACGAAGGAUUUUCAAGCAGAAAAUCUUGAUAUGGUUCCUCCAAAAGGGAGCCUGAGAGUAGAUGAACUUGCUAAGCUACUAUCUUAAUGUAUAUAGCUUACCAUUACAAUUUUUAUUAGUGUUUAUGGGUGAUAUGUAGCGUCUUCAUCUCAAUUUUUAUUUAUUUUUAAUUUUUUUUUGGGAAUUUCGGCAACUACCCGCCCUUUGGACUUGUAGCUACCAAGUAUACUCUCGGCUACCCACCCCGACCUACAGUGCGAGUCAAGAGCUUGUAAGUCUGGACCUACAGUGCGAGUCAAGAGCUUGUAAGUCUGGAGGAGAGUUGAAUCCACACCCAAGUACUAAAUUUGGUGUCC